AUGUCGCAGCUCGCCUUCUCCUCCUCGCGGCCCUCGCUCUCCCUGCUGUCACGGCCUGCUCCGUUUCCAGCGCCAACCGCGCGGCACUGCCUCCUCGCCGAGAUCAUGGCCCGGCGCGUCACCGCCUUUAACGUAAAUAUGAUUCUUCCUCCCCCUGUGCCGGCAGUGAAGGCGCUGGUGCAGCUGAAGGAGGCGUGGGGCAUGUGGGCGGGCAACAGCAACGCCACCACAGCGUGCUCUGCAUGGACUGGCAUCACCUGCAGCCCCAACGGACUCGUCACCGCCCUGGAUUCAAAGCUAUUCCCUGAAUUGGAUCCUCCCCUCAGUGGCGCCAUACCCGCCUCCAUCUCUAGUCUCGCCGCUCUGCAAUACCUCGAUCUGACCUACAUUGAUUUGGUGGGGCCCAUUCCAUCCCUCGCCACUCUCACCAGCCUCACCCACCUAACGAUUGGGUUGGAUGGGAGCAAGCUGACUGGCACUCUGGACGGACUGGCUUGGCUCUCCUCCCUCACCAACCUGCAAACUCUCCAUGCAUUUCGCAUCACUCCAGCAACCCAUGCAGAAGUCCCAUGCUCCUAUUGUACAACAACCGUGGCCUCUCGCAUGCCGUACUGCCCUCCCACCACCAGGGGUCUAGAGUACUUGGCUGCAUUCACGGGGGACUUGUCCUCUCUGCACAUUCUUUCUCACCUGAAAGACCUUCAAACUCUGUAA